ACAAACGCAGAGGACUGCUGCUGGCACAGCGCCCACUGCAGUCUGCACACCGCACUGUAAAAAAUCUCGCCUCACUGUGCUGUCACACUUAAUUGGUUCCACACAAACUGACGCGGAGAGCUCACCUGCUUUAAUUGGACUAUCGCGACAAGUCAAGCCAAGUGACGUCUGGUCGCCUACUCCAAAUUGUCGUAGGAGUAUCUUGGCGAGUCCAAUUGGGCAACCAGGACUGCGGUAGUGAGCAAACCGAGGCGCACGCUGCUCACCAGGCCGACAGGAGAAGAGUGAGGGUGCAGCAGAGCAACGAGCUCAGGCAUCCCAGCGUGUUAAGGAUGCAGGACAGAUGGAUCUGAGCGAAAACAUAAUGGACCAGCCAUAACAGCCUGAGAUCCUGCAAAACAAACCAACACGAAUUGGGUGCUUUGAGCUUCUCAUCCAACAGGAGAUCAAUCAUUUUUACGUGUGGGUAAAAACUCUGGAUUUGGCUGUUUCCCUCUUUGAAAGCCUUUGCUCCAUAUUCCGCUGGCACGCUGAGAUCACAAACAUCUGAGCCUUCUUUUUUUGUUUUGCGCAAGUGGUGUGUGCGCUCCUGCGUUUUGGAGCCAUGGGCUGUACGGUGAGCGCCGAAGAUAAGGCAGCCGCGGAGAGGUCAAAGAUGAUCGACAAAAACCUCCGAGAGGACGGAGAGAAGGCGGCCAGAGAAGUGAAACUGCUUUUAUUAGGUGCUGGGGAGUCAGGGAAGAGCACAAUUGUAAAGCAGAUGAAGAUCAUCCAUGAAGAUGGCUACUCAGAAGACGAGUGUAAGCAGUACCGGGCAGUGGUUUACAGUAACACCAUCCAGUCUAUUAUGGCCAUAGUUAAAGCCAUGGCCAGCCUCAAGAUAGACUACAGCAACACAUCCAGAUUGGAUGAUGCUCAGCAGCUCUUCGCUCUGUCAGCAGCUGCUGAGGAGCAGGGCAUCUUUCCUGAUGAACUGUCCAGCGUGAUCAGGCUCUGGGCUGACAGUGGCAUACAGAGCUGCUACACACGGUCCCGAGAGUACCAACUCAAUGACUCCGCAGCAUAUUACCUCAAUGAUCUGGAGAGGAUAGCUAAGGCUGAUUACAUCCCCACCCAGCAGGAUGUGCUGCGAACUCGUGUCAAGACCACAGGCAUUGUGGAGACUCACUUCACUUUCAAGGAACUUCACUUCAAGAUGUUUGAUGUCGGAGGCCAGCGCUCGGAGAGGAAGAAGUGGAUCCACUGCUUUGAAGGAGUGACGGCCAUUAUUUUCUGUGUUGCACUGAGUGCGUAUGACCUGGUGCUGGCUGAGGACGAAGAGAUGAACCGAAUGCAUGAGAGCAUGAAGCUGUUCGACUCCAUCUGCAACAACAAGUGGUUCACUGAGACCUCCAUCAUCCUCUUCCUCAACAAGAAGGAUCUGUUUGAGGAGAAGAUCACCCGCAGCCCCCUCGCCAUAUGCUUCCCAGAAUAUACAGGAGCGAACAAGUUCGAUGAAGCAGCAGGUUACAUUCAGACCAAGUUUGAGGACCUGAACAAGAAGAAGGACACAAAGGAGAUAUACACACACUUCACCUGUGCCACUGACACCAAGAACGUGCAGUUUGUGUUUGACGCUGUUACCGAUGUCAUCAUCAAGAACAACCUGAAAGACUGUGGUCUUUUCUAAAGGAUGAUGCCUGACGCACACAGACUGCAUGAGAGACUGCAACAGCCAUGUGAUGAUUACUGCUUUUCAUAAUGAAAACCAUAACAGACUUGACUUCUGGAGGGGGAAACCAUAAAAAAAAAAUUAAAAAAAAUCAAUAAUCACUGAUAGCAACCUUCACAUUCUUUGCCUAUUGUGUUGAUGUUCAUUUUCAGUUCUAUAUUUCUUUCUGCAAUGUACAGGGCUUCUCAUACUAUUUAUACUGAGCAACUUUGAGAUAGAUAUUUGACCUGAGGCCCAUUCAGCAACAAUCUCUCAACAAUCAGAAGCACUCAACUGAGAAAAUAAGUAACAUAUGUUAUAUUAUCCAAUUGGUUUGGGUGGAAAAUAAUAAGUGGAAGAUUUUAAACUAUCUGUACAACAUGCUGCAAUCUCGUAAUGCAGCAUGGCCAAUCAAAAUCAAUAUGUGUCAUCCUUAAAAAGGACCAGUUGGAGAACAACCUGUUGAAAUCUUUUUCAUCCAACUUUUUGUACAAGUUUUAAUUUGAGUUCUUUUUGCUUCCAUUUCAACGUUUGAAGUUUAUAAAGAGAAUGCAGAAUGGAAUCAACACCUUUUUAAAAAAUAAAAACACAUUCACAUUAAGUUGCCAUUGUAUGAACCUUUCCACUGCAUAGAGCUUAUUUUGAAGAAGAAGACAACCCCGCAUGGAGAACAAAACUGGAUGAAGGGAAAAUGUUUUGUUUUGUACAAUGUUUACACAGACUCGAUAUCCACACUUGUACUAUAGUCAUCGUUUUGCAUGACUGCCAAUAGAUUAGCUCGCACCCCCACAGACUGAACAACAUUCCUUCACUUCUUUAAUGAAACAGUUGUUAUGAUAUCUGCAAGUUUUUAAGUGGUUUUGUCUGUUCCUUACACUGUUCUGUACUGUUUCUUUUAUUCAGUCUCUUUUUAGUUUUACAUGUUUGUGCCUUGAUAUCUGUUUACACUCGUUCAUUAGACUCAUAUUAUCUCCAUAGUGUGAAUUAGGGCUAUUUCUACUCCACCUCCGUUCACAUUACCCAUGGUUUCAGACUCACCAAACACAGAGACAACUGGAUGAGACUUGUUUAAUAAUGGAAUAAGAUCAAAGUCAUUCACUUGUUUAAUGUAAAUAAAAGUUUUCUCACCUUA